GUAUAUUAUAAAAGCAUCCCUUUUGCCCUACAUUGCUCUUUCUUUUUCUCUUUGUAAAACUCUUUCACAUUAUCUGCUCCAAACACCUCUCUUUCUCUCUCUACAACUCCUUUCUUGCUUCAUCGGAGAUCAAUCUUAUUGACUUCCUUUAGGGUUCAAGAAGCAGGCAAAGAAGCUAGUUUAUUGGUGCUUGUGCUGAGUUAUCGACAUAUAUAAAGAUGCCAAAGGAGAGAAGGGACCGAUCUGUGUCUAUUGAUAGGUCUUGGACUACUCCAUACGUAUGCAGCACUAGUCACUCAAAACGAUCGUUGGCCAAGAACCCUUUAGAGAGCGAAAAUGUAAAAGAAUGGGAAGAAGCCCGAUGCCCUGUGUGUAUGGAACACCCUCAUAAUGCAAUUCUUCUGUUAUGUUCUUCGCACGAUAAGGGUUGUCGACCAUUUAUGUGUGACACAAGCUACCGCCACUCUAAUUGCUUUGAUCAGUUCCAAAAGGCGUCUUCUGAAAUGCAAGCAAUGGUGGAUCCACAGGUUCCAGCCACACAAAGCACCGUGGUCCCUGGAAGCUUUGAAGGUGCACCCACACCCCCAAUGGCUUGUGAGACUCAAGAAAAGCUAAAGCUGAUCUGCCCUCUGUGCCGUGGGCAGGUGAAUGGAUGGAUUGUUGUGGAGGCUGCUCGCCUAUUCAUGAACGCCAAAUCAAGAAGCUGUGCUAGUGAGACUUGUGAGUUUUCUGGCACGUAUACGGACCUCAGGAAACACGCAAGAAUGGUGCAUCCGCUUGUGAGACCAUCGGAAGCUGAUCCAGAUAGGCAGCGGGAUUGGAGGAGGUUAGAAAGACAGAGGGACAUUGGAGACCUUUUGAGUACCCUUCAAUCUUCUAUGGGAGAUGAGAGGGUUGAAGAUAGCAAUAGCACAAGUGGUUUAUCCUUGGAUGAAGGAGGAUGGUUAACCGUAUUUUUCUUGAUUCGAGUUUUCAGACCAAGAAGUAGUUCAAGGAGCAGUAGUUGGUCUGGAAGUUCUCGAGCUAGAGCCCAUGUGACCAUUAGGAGGAGACCGACUACAAGGCUUUGGGGUGAGACCCAUAAUGAGGAAUCCAGAGAUGAUGAGAAUGUGGCAUCGGAUGGGGGUUCAGGCCCACGGCAACGGACUAGACGACAACCUGCUCCAGAUAGCGAUGAAUCUUGAUUACAAGAAUCAUUGUAAGAGGAACUGCAGCCAAUUCAUUUCAAGUUUUAAUUUUUAUAAUAUCUGUUUCAGGUAUGAGAGUGAGCAAUGCAGAUUUGUAAGAGAAGAGAUUGCAAUUUGAAACUUAAAUACUAUUUGUUCAUACAUGCUAAAUUUUAUCAUCUACUUGUAUUGGUCAUCU